CUGUUACCAUUUUCGCGUGAGGAUGCAGAUGCUGCCCAGUGCCGGGGUGCCGGUGCCACAGCCCAGGCUCACCCUCAGCGGUGGCGCUUUGCGCGCUCCCCACCUUUCCUCUCCUUUCCUUUCCAACCCGCUGGAAAACUUUCAGCGGAGCAACCGUCCGGGAGCUGCGCGGAGUUCCUCCCCUUCAGCCCUGCGGUAGCACCGGGAUGAGCUGUCCCGCUCCCCCGGGCAGGCAGCGGCCAGAGCGGGGGGUCCCCGCUCCCCUCCUGCUCCUCUCCGGUGCCGCCGAGUGUUCCAGCAGCAGCCGUCGUUCCAAGGGAAGAGGCAGUACCCUGGCCGAAGGCACAGCUUUCUCUCCAUGCUUCUCUAGAGGUGCUCAGAUGGGAUUAAAGUCCACAUGGAGAUAUGGAAAUGGACCAGGAAUUUACUCUAAAAAGAUGGUCAGCUGGGAUUCGGGUUGCCUUAUCUGCCUGGUGGUGUUCACCAUGGCUGGACUUUCCCUGGCUCGACCUUCAUUUAAUUUAGUUGUUGAAGACACCACGGUGGAACCCGAAGAGCCGCCAACCAAAUACCAAAUCUCUCAGCCAGAUGUUUACUCAGCACUUCCAGGAGAGACGCUUGAGUUGCGCUGUCAAUUGAGAGACGCCGUCAUGAUCAGUUGGACUAAGGAUGGGCUCCCUUUGGGGCCUGACAAUAGGACAGUGAUUAUUGGGGAGUACUUACAAAUUAAGGAUGCCACAGCCAGAGAUUCGGGCCUCUAUGCUUGCACUGCUGUUAGGACCCUAGACAGUGAUACUCUGUACUUCAUUGUAAAUGUUACAGAUGCUCUUUCCUCUGGGGAUGAUGAAGAUGACAAUGAUGGGUCCGAGGACUUUGUGAAUGACAGCAACCAGAUGAGGGCUCCUUACUGGACACACACGGACAAGAUGGAGAAGAGGCUCCACGCCGUGCCGGCUGCCAACACCGUCAAGUUCCGCUGCCCAGCCAUGGGCAACCCAACGCCGACCAUGCGCUGGCUGAAGAACGGGAAGGAGUUCAAGCAGGAGCAUCGCAUUGGUGGCUACAAGGUCCGUAACCAGCACUGGAGCCUCAUCAUGGAGAGCGUGGUGCCGUCGGACAAGGGGAACUACACGUGCAUAGUGGAGAACCAGUACGGCUCCAUCAACCACACCUACCACCUGGACGUGGUUGAGCGCUCCCCGCACCGGCCCAUCCUGCAGGCGGGGCUCCCCGCCAACGCCUCCGCUGUGGUCGGGGGGGAUGUGGAGUUUGUCUGCAAGGUCUACAGCGAUGCCCAGCCCCACAUCCAGUGGAUAAAGCACGUGGAGAAGAACGGCAGUAAAUACGGGCCAGAUGGGCUGCCUUAUCUCCAGGUUUUAAAGGCUGCCGGUGUUAACACCACGGACAAAGAAAUUGAGGUUCUCUAUAUACGGAAUGUAACUUUUGAGGAUGCUGGGGAGUAUACAUGCUUGGCGGGUAAUUCUAUUGGGAUAUCCUUUCACACUGCAUGGUUGACAGUUCUGCCAGCUCCUGAGAAAGAAAAGGAAUACCCAACCUCUCCAGACUACCUGGAAAUAGCAAUUUACUGCAUAGGGGUGUUCCUGAUAGCCUGCAUGGUGCUGACAGUGAUCAUGUGCCGCAUGAAGAACACCACCAAGAAGCCGGAUUUCAGCAGCCAGCCCGCCGUCCACAAGCUGACCAAGCGAAUCCCCCUGCGCAGACAGGUGUCGGCCGACUCGAGCUCCUCCAUGAACUCCAACACGCCCCUGGUGAGGAUCACCACCCGCCUCUCCUCCACUGCUGAUGCCCCCAUGCUGGCAGGGGUCUCGGAGUAUGAACUGCCUGAAGACCCAAAGUGGGAGUUCCCAAGAGAUAAGCUGACGCUGGGCAAGCCCUUGGGAGAAGGCUGCUUUGGGCAAGUGGUCAUGGCCGAAGCGGUGGGGAUUGACAAAGACAGGCCAAAAGAAGCAGUGACCGUGGCAGUGAAGAUGUUGAAAGAUGAUGCCACAGAAAAAGACCUGUCUGACCUGGUGUCAGAGAUGGAGAUGAUGAAGAUGAUUGGGAAGCAUAAAAAUAUCAUCAAUCUUCUUGGAGCUUGUACCCAGGAUGGUCCUUUGUAUGUGAUAGUGGAAUAUGCUUCCAAGGGGAACCUGCGGGAGUACCUGCGAGCGCGCCGCCCGCCCGGCAUGGAGUACUCCUUUGACAUCAACAGGGUGCCCGAGGAGCAGAUGACAUUCAAGGACCUGGUGUCCUGCACCUACCAGCUGGCACGAGGCAUGGAGUACCUGGCUUCCCAAAAAUGCAUCCAUCGAGACUUGGCGGCAAGAAAUGUUUUGGUAACAGAAAACAAUGUCAUGAAAAUAGCAGACUUUGGUUUAGCCAGAGACAUCAACAAUAUAGAUUAUUAUAAAAAGACUACUAAUGGACGGCUUCCAGUAAAGUGGAUGGCUCCAGAAGCUCUGUUUGACAGAGUUUACACACAUCAAAGUGAUGUUUGGUCAUUUGGUGUGUUGAUGUGGGAGAUCUUCACCUUAGGAGGGUCACCCUACCCAGGAAUCCCAGUGGAGGAACUUUUUAAGCUGCUUAAAGAAGGGCACCGGAUGGAUAAACCUGCCAACUGCACCAACGAGCUCUAUAUGAUGAUGAGAGAUUGCUGGCAUGCUGUGCCUUCUCACAGACCCACUUUCAAACAGUUGGUGGAGGACUUGGAUCGGAUUCUCACUCUCACAACUAAUGAGGAGUAUCUGGACCUCAGUGGGCCUCUGGAACAGUAUUCACCCAGCUACCCUGACACGAGGAGCUCGUGUUCCUCGGGGGACGACUCCGUGUUCUCCCCCGACCCGAUGCCUUACGAACCUUGUCUCCCCAAGUACCAGCACAUGAACGGGAGUGUGAAAACAUGAAAACAGGAGCAAAGAGGCAAGAACAUCAAGCUACCUACAGUAUGCAAAGCAAAAGCUUUCCUCCAGGACCUUCAUGUUUCUGCUUGUACAUAGGAAAUGCGGAAAAAAAAGAGAGAUGGAAAAAGGAAAAAAAACCCCAAAUUUGGAGGAAAGCAGUCAGAACCUACAUAAAGAUUCUCAUCACUUGCAGCUUUCAGAUGUUCCCAAGAAAGAAGAAUGUUUAUGAGCUGUGUCUAGAUACCCAUUGCUAUCAAUUUUCUGGCUUCCUGUGAGCUGCAACAGACUUUGUUUGUACAAUGGACCAGUCGGACUUGAGGCAAACUCUGGGUCUGCCUUCCUUGUUUAUUUUGUAAUAUUUGGAGAAAAUAUAUGUUGGCACACACUUACAGAGCACAAAUGCAGUAUAUAGGUGCUGGAUGUAUGUAAAUAUAUUCAAAAAUAUGUAUAAAUAUAUAUUAUAUAUAUUUACAAUGAAUUAUUUUUUGUAUUGAUUUAAAAAAUGGAUGUCCCAAUCCACCUAGCAAAUUAGUCUCUUUUUUAACAGCUAUUUGCUAUGCUGUUCUUACACAGAAUUUCUUAAUUUUCACCAUCCAAAGGUGGAAAAUACUUUGCUUUCAGGGAAAAUGGUAUAUCAUUAAUUUAUUAACUAAUUGGUAAUGUACAAAACAGUUAAUCGUUUAUAGGGUUGUUGUGUUUUUGUAAUUUAAAUGGCAUUUCUAUGCAGGCAGCACAGAGGACUAGUAGGUAUAUUGCUCAGACUUUACUAGUUUUCAGAUCUUUAAGAAAAUAAAUAUUUACAGUAUAUAACUAAUUUGGGGAAAUUAAACUUUUGAUUUAUUUGUGUUUAAAAACUGCAGUGUCAGAUGAUUAUUCUUAUCACAACCAAAUCCUUUGACAAGAAAAGCAGAGUCGUUCCACUCAAAAAAAAAAAAAAAAAAAAAAGAAAAGAAAAUAAAGAACAUUUUGAAGAAGGUUCUUAAAGUAAGGAGAGACAUGAGUUGAUCUAUGACCACAGCAGAACAGACUGCUCUAAAAGGAGCUGAGCUUCUACCCUGAGUUGCACAUGCAUCAAAUUAUCUACAAUUCUCUUGCCUCAGUUGGAUAAUAGGUUCCAGACCUUUUGGCCUGGAUCUUUUGCCUUUAUCCCUCUGUUGUAACUUAAGUUAAAAAGAGAGAAGUUGUUUAUAAUGACAGCUUGCCAUAGGAAUAUCAGCAUCUUUUAGGGGAUUAAUUCAUGCUGACUCCAGUAUUUCCUUCUGAACCAUUCCAUAACAGUAGGUGUAGCACUGGCCUCUGCUAGAAUAUCACUGUUGUUUGCAUCUUUUUUACAGAACCUUGUAUUUUUACUUUCAGAACAUUCACAUUGAUAUGGCCAUGGAAUAUGAAUGCAAAUUUCACUGUUUUAUGUGGUGGUGUGUUUGGUUUGGUUUUUUUUUUUUUUAAUAAUUUUUUAAUUGGGUAAAAUAAGUAUUAAAAUCUGUUAACUUUUGUACUGACAAUAAAACGUUUCUACAGAUAUUAAUGUUAAAAUUACAAAAUAAAUGUCAUGCAGCUUA